AAACAGUCCCCUGUUGUUCAGUUUCGUUCCCAAAUGACGUCACGUCUAUGUCCUUGGCGUUAUACGCCCCAAUAGCGAGAGCAGAUGGGAGGGACAUCCACCUAUCCCAGCAUCCGCAGAUCCAGACUGAAUUUGGCGGCAUUUGAAUUUGUCAUCUUCUACGAUCCUUUCUUGUACCCUGGCCUACUCACACAGGUUGAGAUGUCGUCUCUAAAGGUUCGUUUCUACGUAGUGGUUUUUAUCGAGGAAAACUCAAUUGCUGUGACGCCCACAUCAUGGGUAGAGGAGGUGAAUGGGGUUCUAACUUGCUACUGGCCUCGUAGAAAUGCAGAUGCCAUGUCAAAGGCGUGUCACAGGCCAGAUAAGGAGCUCUGGAAACGAUAUAAAAUAAGAAUACUCUCAGAGACUGACAACUACAAGACAGCUAGAGAGCGAGCCAAAAAAGCUGUUGAAACAUCUAAUGUGGAAAGUGAGGACGAUGUGGAAAACAUGCGUAAGAGAAAAGUCCCAGUUAGAUACUGGACAGAUAGUGAAGGAGAAAAUGAGAUGCCACCGAAACAAAGGAAAAAAACAUCCAUGUCUUCUCAAAACCCACAACCAAGUGUCCCUAAGCCCCCAAGCUACAAACCACCUACUGAUAUCACAGUCACUGCCCAUCCAUCUGAGGAAGAUGUGCCAUACCUUUUUUCGAAUGACCUUUUUCAUGAAAAUACCCAUGACAUCCAAGAAACCAGUCAUGCAGAGGGUGCAGUAAAUGCAGAUCUCCAGCAACUUAUUAGGCAAUCUGAGCAGCGGGUGCUGCUAGCUAUAGAAAGAAUGCAGACAGACGUUGCAAAUUCUAUUGAGCGCCUAGUUCAGGCCAUUCAGCAGAACCGUGCUGUCCCUGCAUCCACCUCAACACCACCACAGGAGAUCAUUGAGGGGCCCUGCAAAACAACGCAGGAGCUGCAAGUGUUGCUUUUAAAACUGGAGGACACAGAGGAAAAAAGAAAGAUGAUCCAGUUUUUGAGCAUGGUCGGAGGCAGCAGCAUCGGGGACGUUGUGAGAAGAAUUCUCCGUAAAAUCGCUUCGAAUGAGGUCUGGUCUAAUUACAGCCUGAAAGGCAGAAAAGGAAAGCUGCCCUUCAUGGGAACAUCACUCCACCACAUUGUUUUAAGUGCAUGUGCCAAACAGUUUCCCCAAAAAACUGAGAAGCAAAUUGAUGUUUGCAUUGGGGAAACCCUCAAACAUGCACCUCAUCGUGCCAAGCUGGCCAUUACACCUUUAUCAACAGCGGGCACGCGCAGUGUUCAAUUAAACUGCGCUAUAGAAGUGGCUGCUAAAUGAGCGCGCGUGCCAAAAUGCUCUUACAGGGGAAAAUCACCCGCUUCGAAUGUUAUCAGUGGAUUGAAUGGGCGUUGUCAGUGGUUAUCAGCUGAUUCAUAUGGGCCAGAUGGGGCUACUGGUAGACUCAGAAGGCUGUUAUCAUCCAUCCUAAUGGUUAACCACCAUUUCAAAUACAAGAGAAGACUCCAGAUCCAGUCCCAGAGGAAUCCAGCUCAGCUGAUCGAACGUCUACAAGAUAACGUGGUGACGUUACGCUUUUUCCCGCUUGAUAUUUUCACUCCCGCAUCAUAUUUCACUUACUUUCAGAUAUGGGAAAAGCAGUUAAGGGCGUACGCUUCAGGAGCGUUAAGAUUAAGGUGCUGAGGAGGUCUAUCACUGGCCCUGCAAAGGUUUCUUACCUAUAUCAAGGUCUCCCCGAGCCCAACUGCAAACUGACCCCCCCUUCAGACCCUCACAGGUCUAUUACACCUCAACAGGCUGAACCUGAUGAUGUGGUACCGAGCUGCAGCUCAUGUUCUGAGACUGCGUACAGUAAGGCAAAGAAGAGAGAGCUUCAUGCCUGGGAUGCAGUUAAGGAUGACAUGCUUAAGGUGUCAUUUGAAGGUUCAGCACCAAUCACUACCCAGUGUGUUGUCUGCCAAGAACAUGGAGAUUAUAGGUGUGUUGAGUGCAGCACCACUGCAGUGUUUUCUGAAAAGGACUCACAGAAAUUCACUGCACCUUCCUGAUAAGUGGAACAAUGCUUACUAUGAGCCAUCCACCCUGAGGUUAUUCCUAUAUUUACCUGAAGGCCAUGGCACCCAUGCAUUCUACACAAAGGACAUGAAGGUCAUUGUCAGCACAGGACGGCUCUGCACCGUCACAGUCAAUAUGUGUGCGUGUGAACCAGAAACGUGCACUCUGCUAAGGUAUGGGCUCUGGCCAGCAACAGCCGACAAGCAUCAGACAGCCUUCUCCAUCCCUCUGCUAGAGCUUUUUGUUUGUCUGUCACUGGAGUGUCAGGUUUCUGUUGAGGGUUUUUGCAACACCCUGCGCUGGAAAAAUAACCUUACACUUGCAGAGGUUAACGCACUUUACAGAGCCCUGGUGGGAGAAUCCAUAUCUCAUUUUAGGCAUCACCACUUCCGAAAAAUAAGUUUGGUAGAUGUUUGCCCACAAUUAGGUGAUGGGACCACAUGUCCAGCAUGUCCAAAGGCGGAUGGAGAUGUGAUAGUGACAUUGGAUGCCAACUUUGGCCUUGUGAGAAAGCAAAGCUCAGGGACAAGUGCGGUUGAGCCAUUACAUGGAACCCGCAUGUUUGUUAGUGAAAAGGAUGUAGAGGAAUACCUGCUAUCACAUAUUGACAGCUCAAAGCCUCACGAGGACUGCAGUAACUUCAAGGCUGCCAACGUGCUGAGGUCACCGCAACAAGCUAAGAAACUUGAUGUUACAGGAGUGUUUGGAGCCUCCUGUCGUCAUGAAAUGCCCCUAAUGUUUGUCAACAUGAGCCAAGGAGAACGGCAAGUCUAUGCCACAGUAGUGAUAAUUCUCCUGUUUUAUUCUACUUAUUCAAAAACAUUUUUGAAUAG